GCUCUGCUCUCGCUGAAGUGUGAACAGUUUCAGCCGCGUAGCGGGACUCAGCGAGACCUGAUGCACAAGUCAAGGCGACGCGCAGCGAACAUGAAGCCGGAUUGGCUCUGACUUUUAAAAGCCCUUUCAUUCAAGAGGCUGUCCGUUCUCAACAUGGCAGAACCGUCGGUUCCAGUACCCCCUCGAAAAAUGGCGUCACUUAGCCGGGUCCGAGCCUUUACUCUGAUUUUCUUAACUGCAAGCGGUUAUUUAAUUACUCCCACAAGUGGCAAGGAAGGAGGGGGAGAGGAGACGGUCAUCAUCGGGCUGAGACUGGAGGACACGGACGACAUUUCCUUCAUGGACAGAGGCUAUCUGCGCAUCAGUGAGAGGUCUCGGGUGAGACUGAGGGUGUACGGGCAAAACAUUAACAACGAGACGUGGUCCAAAAUCGCCUUUACGGAACACGAGAGGAGUCGAGUGAUUGGCAGCAUCUCCUCAGGGGACAACAAGAGUCAGGAGGACACGUCGGGCUUGCACCCCUGCGGCAUCAGGACUUCGGAUAUUCUCAUCUUGCCCAAUAUCAUUUUAAAUCGCAAGACGUCUGGCAUCGUGGAAAUCGACGUCAAGCCUCUGCGAAAGACUGAGAGGAGCAAAGCGUACUACCUGUGCAUCGCCACCUCCACACCUGCCGCGACGGGCGCGCACGACCCGUGGACGGAGAACACGUGGAUCUAUCACGAUGGAGAGGACACCAACGUGAUCGUGGUGGAGGAGAAGAGGUUCCUGCUCCCUUUCUGGCUCCAGGUCAUCUUCAUUUCCAUGUUGCUCUGCCUCUCGGGCAUGUUCAGCGGCUUGAACCUGGGUCUGAUGGCGCUGGAUCCCAUGGAGCUGCAGAUCGUCCAGAACUGCGGGACGGAGAAGGAGAAGAACUACGCCCGGAAGAUCGAGCCCGUCAGGAGCCAAGGAAACUACCUGCUUUGCUCGCUUCUCCUGGGGAAUGUUCUGGUCAACACCACCUUGACCAUCCUGCUGGAUGAUAUCGCCGGGUCUGGAUUGAUAGCUGUAGUGAUGUCCACCAUCGGCAUCGUCAUAUUUGGAGAGAUUGUGCCUCAAGCGAUAUGUUCACGACACGGUCUUGCUGUGGGUGCGAAUACAAUCUUCUUGACCAAAUUCUUCAUGCUGCUCACUUUCCCCGCGUCCUAUCCGGUAAGUAAACUGCUCGAUUAUCUCCUCGGACAGGAGAUUGGCACGGUGUACAACCGAGAGAAGCUCUUGGAGAUGUUGAGGGUCACGGAUCCCUAUAAUGACUUGGUGAAAGAGGAGCUGAACAUCAUUCAGGGCGCGCUGGAGCUCAGGACUAAGACCGUGGAAGAUGUGAUGACCCCUUUGCGCGACUGCUUCAUGAUCGCCGGCGACGCCUCGCUCGAUUUCAACAGCAUGAGCGAGAUCAUGGAGAGCGGCUACACGCGCAUCCCGGUCUUCGAGGGCGACAGGUCUAACAUCGUGGACCUGCUGUUCGUGAAGGACCUUGCGUUUGUGGAUCCCGACGACUGUACCCCGCUGAAGACGAUAACGAAGUUCUACAGCCAUCCCUUACAUUUCGUCUUCAACGACACUAAACUCGACGCGAUGCUGGAGGAGUUCAAGAAAGGUAAAUCUCACCUGGCAAUAGUCCAUCGGGUUAACAACGAAGGAGAAGGCGACCCAUUCUAUGAAGUGCUUGGCAUUGUCACCCUGGAGGACGUCAUUGAAGAAAUCAUCAAGUCUGAAAUCCUGGAUGAGACAGACUUAUAUACCGAUAACAAAACAAAAAAGAAAAUCACCCAUCGAGAGAGGAAGCAGGAUUUCUCGGCUUUCAAGCACAUGGACAAUGAAAUGAAGGUUAAAAUAUCACCUCAGCUUCUACUGGCUACUCUGCGUUUCCUAGCAACAGAAGUAGAAGCAUUUAGUCCAAGCCAGAUGUCUGAAAAGAUCCUUCUACGUCUCCUCAAGCACCCCAACGUCAUCCAGGAGCUCAAAUAUAAUGAGAAGAAUAAGAAGGCCAUCGAACAUUACCUCUUCCACCGCAACAAGCCCGUGGACCAUUUCAUCCUCAUUCUGCAGGGGAAGGUGGAGGUGGAGGCGGGGAAGGAGGGAAUGAAGUUUGAAGCUGGGGCUUUCUCCUCGUAUGGGAUGAUGGCUCUCACCGCUACUCCAGAAAACAAAUCGCCCCCUCGGCCAUUUGGAAUGAACCAUUCUGACUCGUUAAAUCGUAGCGAGCGGAUUGAAGCCAUCACACCGUCACUUGGCAGCAGUAACCACCAGCUCAAUGCCUUCUUGCAGAUAUAUGUGCCGGACUAUUCGGUCAGAGCUUUGUCAGACGUACAGUAUAUUAAGGUAACGCGCCAGCAGUAUCAGAACGCCGUCAUGGCAUCACGCAUGGACAAGACGCCACAGUCCUCAGAGAGCGAGUACACCAAAAUCGAAAUGACUUUGACAGAGCUCCAUGACGGAGUGACCGAUGAAACCGCCACUCUGUUCAACCAGACACAGAACUGCGUGGCCCACAACAAGACGAACCACACAGGCCACAGCGAGGGGACAAUCUAGCCCUCAGUGGGGUGGUGGAGCGAAGCAGAUAGCAGAACCCUGGAGUUGCUCACCACCCCUAACCUCUGUAAUCUGGUAGUGCAGUACUACCACGGCCUGAGCUUGGGUUGGGUUGACCCAAGGCGAAAUGGGACAGUCCAGUGACCCGAUCCAGUCCCAUUCAUUCAGAUAAACCACAGCGUUUAUGUCCCCCAGACCAAAGAGUUUGGAGGAUGGACGGUUUUUCUCCAGCUACACUCAAACUGCCCCGUGAUGUUCACCAACACAAAAAGAAAUACUCCAGGCAGAUGCUGUAAUAGGGUAAAUCAAAGACUGUUCCAUAUACUGCUUUGAAGGAAACCGUGAACCGUGAAUCAAGAGUAUUCUACUCACAUAUUUAUUUAUUUUGUAUGCGUUUGUACAUACAUGCAUGUCUGAGGAUAUAAUUGUCGGCACAUUGCAAACACCUGUCUGUAAAUUGUGCAUGUGUAUGUGUGUGCCUCUAUGAGUGUCACUGAUAUCAUGCACAUGCUAUAUAUACAGUACAGACCAAACGUUUGGACACACCUUCUCUUUCAAAGAGUUUUCUUUAUUUUCAUGACUAUGAAAAUUGUAGAUUCACACUGAAGGCCUCAAAACUAUGAAUUAACACAUGUGGAAUUAUAUACAAUACAAAAAAGUGUGAAACAAAAUGGUCUUCCAACAGUCUUGAAGGAGUUCCCUGAGAGAUGCUUAGCACUUGUUGGCCCUUUUGCCUUCUGUGUGCGGUCCAGCUCACCCCUAAACCAUCUCGAUUGGGUUCAGGUCCGGUGACUGUGGAGGCCAGGUCAUCUCUCCUUCUUGGUCAAAUAGCCCUUGAUGCCUUCAGUCGGGCCCAUUACAAUUUUCAUAGUCAUGAAAAUAAAGAAAACUCUUUGAAUGAGAAGGUGUGUCCAAACUUUUGGUCUGCACUGUACAUCACUGUAUAUGUACCGGUGAGGGUCUUUUACAUGUAUAUUUCAGAAAUGAUUAUUUUUAUUGUUCUAAAUCUGGUAUAUCCCACCGUACCUUUUACACCUUUUUAAAAAAUGAAUUGUUAUAUUGCCUUUAAAAAAAAAUCAUAUUAAUUUUUAACAAGUGCAAUGAACACACAUUUUAUUUAAAAGAUGAUUUAUCAUGAUUACUGUAUUGUAAAUUAUAGGUCUAUUUGUAUGCAUUUAUUGUAUCGCAUUUGUAUAUUUGUUCCGAGACAUUUUGCAUUCACUUCAAAGGAGGAACAGGUCCUAUUUGUCUGCUUUAAAGUGUUAGUUCUAUCAGAGGCACAAUAACUUGACAUUUAAAGCUGAAGGAAGUCUUAUUUAAAUGAAACCAUAGACCUGUCAGGACUUUAUGCAAGGGAGAAUCAAUAUGCAUUUAUGCGAUUCCUAACUGAAUCCAGGCAGUAACAAAGUGAGUCUUUACCACGUCAUUAAAACAACUACUACAUUAAAUUGUUGUACCCAUCAUACAUCUGUAAGAAAGGUGCCAUAGUGUUAAAAUGGCUGUACUUGUGUGUAUUACCUUUAUGUAUAUAAUGUUGACUUUAUUUAUAUGAACACUGGAAACUCCUGCUAUGCAUACAUCGGUAUUUAGAAGUAUACACAUUGUAUUAUGUACACACGUACAUAAUAGUUCACUUAAAAUGAACAUUUGCUGAAAAUGUACUCACGCUCAGGCCAUCCAAGAUGUAAAUGAGUUUGUUUCUUCGUGGAAACAGAGUUGGAGAAAUUUACCAAUGGAUCCUCUGCAGUGAAUGGGUGCCGUCAGAAUGAGAGUCCAAACAGCUGAUAAAAACAUCAUUAUAAUCCUCAAGAAAUACACAAGUCCAGUACAUCAGUUAACAUCUUGGGAAGCGAAAAACUGCAAUAUUAUUAUGUCCUAUAUAUUGCUUUAUGCAGUGAAAGUUUUUAUUGUGUGUGUCUGAGUCAGAAGAGAAAUAUGCAUAGAUCAAGCACAGUGUCCAUGUGUGUUUUUUUUUUUUUUUUUUUUUAUGUAGGUGGAUUUUCGAUGGGGGUGAAUUUUAUUGGAGGUAGCAAUAUUAUGCAUUAUGCAUUAUAAGUAAAAAACUAAAAAUAAAAAACUAAAACAAAACUUUAAACUUUAAUUUUUUUGUAACAAAAAAUGUCAUUUUCAGACAUUAAUUGAUGGACUGGAUUAUUGUGAUGUUUUUAGCAAAUGUUUGGACUCUCAUUCUGACGGCACCCAUUCACUACAGAGGAUCCAUUGGUGAGCAAGCGAUGUAAUGCUACAUUUCUCCAAAUAUGUUCUCAUGAAGAAAUGAACUCAUCUUGGAUGGCCUGAGGGUGACAACAUUUUCAGCAUUUUUUUUUUUUUUUUUUUGGUUAACUAUUCAUUUACUGAUGAACCACUUACAUUUUCUCCCAUGGCACAUUAUUAUUAUUAUUAUUAUUAUUAUUAUUAUUAUUUGUAUUUGUUUUGAAAUCCCUUUUUAUCAGAGACCCGAACUGCCUAUCACCAAACCUCACACAUCUUGUUCCUAUAACCAUCCCUGUAUGUUGUUAUAGGUGGCAGCUGCAUGAGCCUCUUUCUACAAUGUUAGACUUUGUGGUAAAUCUGAUUCAGGCAGCUUUUAAGACUUUGCCCUAGAUGUUCUCAUGUGUUCAAAUGGUUAUUUACAGUAAUGCACGACUUGCAUUAUUUAUACAUGGGUCACUACCACAGACAGCCACUGCUUGGCACUAUGGUCUAACAAUUUAGCCAAACUAAACCUCGACAAGGUUGUAAUCUUCAAACCGAUGCGCUCUUUAUACCAAAGAUUUUACUUAAGAAGUGAGAUCAGAGAUUGUUGGGCUUUAUUUAGUAAAUUAAAGCCAAUAUUGAUUAUUUUUUUCCCAGACAGAUGCUCUUAUGGGGUUAAAUAAAGGUUCUGGCUUUUUUUCUAAUUUUCUUUGUUAAUGAAUUGUAGCUACUCUGUAACUAAAAUGUAAACCCUAGGGGAGGAAGACAGUUCUAGAAAGUGCUAUUAAACAUUCAUCAGUUUCACUUUG